AUUUAUAUUAAGAAGAUGAAAAGACAACGUUACUCCUACGGUUUUAUUUUCAUUUGUUGUGUCUUUUACCAAGCAAUUUUUAUGGCAAGUUGUGGUAAAGACAACAAGUACUUUACAAGAAACAAGGUCAGUUUUUCGGGAGUAGAAACACUUUUUCGGACUCUACGUUUCUUUCAAGAUUCUAGGACUGAGAUUCAAAAGUUUUUUAAUGAAUCCGGUUGUUCGACGCUAUCAAUGCAUAUCGCACUGACAGGAGUCACUCAUUUAGCGAAAAACCCACUGGCUGAGCUAGUGCUUACUAAAGAACAGGUGUGUUACUUCUGGAUGUCAGCUUUUCGCAGUAACAAGAACCAGUCGAAUCUGGGAGAAAGGGACCAUCUUAAAAUUUCAUGGGGAUUGGAAAAAGCUCAGAAUAACAACUGGCCACGAUACAGAUUGAAAGUUAUUGAAUGUGAAUGCCCGACACACGGAUACUUUUGCAAAAAGCAUGAAACUAACGGAAUGUGUUAUUGUCAAAGACGAGGAGGAGGUGUAACGGCAAUUACUAUAAAACCACAAAGACCAGAUUAAUAUCCGUCUUUGUAGAGGAAUGUUUCUUCUGUUAUACCAUCUAGGAUACCACCGUCUGAUAUUUGUUUGUCUAUAAUGAAAAUAGUUUUUUUACUACACAUUUCCUAAUGAUAAAAGUAAAAAAAAAAAUAAUUAUCUCACAU